AAGUCGAACUGUCACGACGCUGCAACAACGAUCGCACGCGCGCAUUCGCCUGUGAAGCCAUUCAUGGGACCCCGCGAGUUUCGUUGAUGAUUGCAAUGACGUAGUUGGUCUCGGGUACGUUGUGAUACGCAGUGGAUAUUACGAGCGCGUGCGACCGAUACCGAGUGCGAGCGACUGCGUGCGCGGUGAAAGCUCUCUCGGCGAAUUCCUCCUCGCGAUCGAUGAUGAUGCGUGUUCGCGUUUUGGUGACCAUGGGAUCGAGCGUCUAACAUCGUUGGCCAUCGACGGGAAGAUUCAUCGCGGGUGGAUAUCUCGAGACGUCACCAGUCGCGGACCCGCCAGGCGUGCAUCCGCGCCGACAUCGCUCCUCGCCGGAUAGCAACUAUUCUCUUCCUGCUUACUUGAGAGAUCUCGAUCUACCGUUCAGACUUGGGUCGCUGCAGCAAUUUGCUCCGAAUCGGUGGAAUCGCGAUUAUGCGUGCACGGACAACGUUACCGAGUCCUCGGUGAUCAACCGUUAUCUGAACGAUCGCUCAUUUGCCGAUAAGCUGUAAUUGGGAUUUCGAGAGGACAAUCGCGCGACCAUGGCGCUGGCCAAGCUCAGGAAUUUCAUCGACAACAAUCUAAAGACGGUGUCCACAACACCGUUGGAUCGCACGGUAAAUUUGGAGCCGGAGAUCGGUAUUAGGAUCGUACACUCGCCGAACGAUAAAGCGCUCCACGUCACUGUUCUCGGUGCCAGACACUUGCCGCAGAACUUUGGCUUCACCAGAGUCAACAGCUACGUCGUAAAGGUAAAGCUGAUACCUGGCAAGGAAAAGUUCGAGACUACUACGAAAAAUGAAUCCUGGCCACAAUGGAACGAGGGAUUUACUUUUCUCUUGCGCAAAGAAAUCAAGCAAAAAUUUGGCAAAUCGAAGGUCGUCGAAGAGGAAAUCAACGGAUCCAGAUUCGUCGUCGCGACUCUCUUCGCGGUUCUCGAAGACAAACCGCUGAUAGCGACUGAAAAAAAAGAUUCGGAUAAGGAAAAAACAUCGCCUACUAAGGGAGAAUCGGCGAAGAAGGGUGGAAAGAAGAAGGAGGGUCAGGGUGGUUCUACCGAAAAUCAGGAAUCCACCAAGAACAAGCUUCUCAGCCAAUUUUUUUGCAAAGGUCCCGAUAAGCUCGCGGAAUCUACGGUUUCGGAGAGAAAAGCUUAUGACAAGAGACGAACCAUUGGCGCGACAACGAUUCCGCUCGAUCCGAAAAAUUUUGUUUGCAAGCCACCGAAAUCGAAACAUACCAGUGAUGUAUCUACGGGAGAUUUAUGGAAACCGUUGCGACCAAUCGCAAGUGGUAUCAUAGGUGCCGAGGAAAGAAAGGAGAACAAAAAGGGACAAGUCGAAUUAUCAUUAUGUCUAUCGAAAGGUGAGAAAGACGAAGAUAGCGGCGGACAGCUGAUACUGUCUCUACACCGUCUGAGAUGUUCGCUUCAGACGAUGCACGAGCACGAGGGUCUGAAAGGACAAAUGUAUUUGAAAAUGUCGGUUGUCGAUAAUGGACGAGUAACACACUUUUGGAAGAGCGAUCGAUUUGCGCCGACGGUAUCCACGAAAUUUUCGCCGGACGCGGCGAGAGUCGUCGCCGACAAUCCGUACAAAGGAGCGCUCAAUGACGUGAGCUUUGUUAUAAAGUUCGUCUCGAAGAAUAAAAUGGGCAAGAAAACUCCCGUAGGCCACUUUGUAAUCGGCCCUGACGUUGGAGGAGCUUACGGCGAACAAUGGAAGCAAGCUCUAGCGAAACCAGGGCAAGAGAUAACGAAAUGGCAAGCGUUUGAAUAAAAAUGUGGCGUACGAGUAGUAACCUAUUCAACACGACGAAGAUCACUGCACUACGUACUUUCCUUUUAGAUAUCUAGAGACAUCGCAGGGAAAAUGAGAGCGCUAUAUACGUGCGUCAUAAAUAUUUGAGAUAUUGAUCGAUAAAGCUAUUCCAAAGAAUACCAUAGAAUACGUACGUGUACGAAUUCGAAGAUUAUUAUAAACGUGUGCAUCUCUUAAUACGUACAUUUAUAUUUCAGAAUCUGUUGCUGAUUUUACACAAGAAAAAAUCGUUUAUAAAAAAAUAAUUUUAGGUUUUUAUCUUUAUAUAAAUUGCACAGAUUCUUCAUAUAUAAACUCUUUGUCAAUUUUGACCGUCCGUAAAAGAAAGAACUGAAUAUACUUUUGCCCCAAAUUCGAUCAAUGUAACCGUCCGUAAAGUAAGUAAGAAUUACCGUCUAAUACAUAUAUGUAUAGUUAAAAAAAAAAAAAAAUAA